AACACAUAAAUACAACGCAACCCUAAUGCGUUUCAUUUAGCUGAGAAAAAAAGAACAAAAUAAACACAAAUAUUGCAAUUGUUUACAAAAUUUUUUAAUUUCAAUACAAUUGUUAAUUAUUAAGCGGAAAAUUUUUAAUUAAUAAGUAGCCUGAUUGGUUGUACAUUAAAAGCGUAAUAGCUUAUGUGAAAAUGCAUAGUCGUCGAGAGGAAAUAUGUGAAUUGGGUUGAAAUGCAAAAUUAUGCAAGUUGCAAUAAGGACUGUACCUUCGAGAAAUAAUAACUAUUGUGUGUUAUUAUAGCAACAUUCCCUACAACACAGAUUAUUUAUUGAAAAUUCAGUUUAAAAGUCAAUAUGGAUGUCACUAAUGUAACGCCAUCAAAGCAAAACAAAACGGAAGCAGUCACACCUAAUUAUAGUAAUAAUAAACAACAAAAUGCAUCUCAAAAACAUUCCGGUCCUUUUUACAUCUCACCAUCGCUAUUCGACAACAAACGUCUGCGACAGAAACGUCUCCGUUGGGCCAAAGCUUUGUUGGCGGCGGCAGGCUUCAAGCAGCAUCACCUAUUGCAACGAAAAAAGACUGAACGCCGCAAACAAGUUUUAUGUGAUUUACGUGCAGACGUAACUAUUGAUCUGCUAUCGGAUGAAGAAGAAAACACGUUUAAUAAUAAUAGUGACGUUAAUUCCACUAAAACAAAACCGAUAAUUAUAACAAAAUGUUCAACAAUGACCAUUUCCGAUGGCCCACCACCACUUGUACCGAUUUCGAAUGUACAUUCAACGCCCAACCAACUAUUCACACAAGUUUACGCCUACCCGAAUCACCCCAUAGAAGUAUCAAAAGUGCCGAAUAUAACGCUUAUUCCUGUACAAAAUCUAACAAACACACCUGCUGCACCACCGGUUGCUUCAGUAGCGCCAAUGCCACGUCGUAUUAAACGCAAACGUAAAUCACAACAACCGAAACGCCAUAAACAACUGGCACUCGUCAAUAGUGAGAGCAUAAUUCUUAGUGAUGAAAGUGAAAACGAUAUAACUUUGGUGGAUUCAUUAGCUGAAACAACUGCCAAUAAUAUGUAUUCGCUAACGCUUGAACAACUUGAAACAACGCCGCCAGCUACAAUAACAUCACCCACAUCCACAAACAAUUUGCAACCGCAAUCGCCUGCUAAAACGAAUGCGUACCCCACACUUUUAACACCCUACAGUGCACAAGUUGAUGAAGAAGUCACGGUCUCGAUUGUGCCACGCUCCUCAACAGCAGGCACUUGUCUCAAAACUAAUGGCAGCGAAUUGUUUCCCAUGCUGCCCGAUGAAACCACAGUGCAUACAGUUAUCGCCAAUCGCACGUAUGAGCUGUCACUAACAAAACUGCGUGAAGGUCUCGCAUCUUGUGGCAUUUCGGAGUUUGCAAAUGGCCAACAGAUAACGCCAGCACGACGCAAAGGACAACUAGUGGACACGCCACCAAUGGUCUCGCCUAAUCCGCCGCCCGUAUCCUUGAAAUUAUCCAGCGAUUUAAGCAUUUCCUUGAUCUCAGAUGACGAUGACGACAACCAUGAGCAGCAGCAGCAGCAACGCUUAGCGGCUGAAAGUCUCUUACAAAAACAACCACAGUUAAUGGUGCAACACCUGCAAUUGCCUGCGGGUGGCGUAUUGCCAGCCGGUGCGAAUGUGUCGUUAGUGGGCGCAACCAGGCUGCCGCCACGGCGCCGGAAACUCGGUUGAAUGUGAGUGUGUGUGUGUGGGUGGCCAAAGUACAA